AUAAUAGGCUCCUCUAUCGUGUUUUUCCUGGCAGACUGGAUUGAUCGCCGAAUUAUAGUGCUCAUUGGGUCUAUAAUCGCCGUACUUGGAUUCUCACUUCAGGUAGGUUUGACCUCAGUUACAAUGCUGAUCGUGGGCCAAUUCAUUGCUGGCAUUGCCGUCGGAGCUCUUAGCCCUGUCACUCCCAUUUACUGUUCAUAG